AUGGAUCUUCGCGUCGGCAUCGUCGAGACGAGGCUCUGCAUGGGCCGUCGCAGGAGGCCGCCAGGUAAGUUCUUCUUCAGGUAAGUUUUUUUGCUCUGCUUGCUCCUUUUGCCUGUUGUAGUUCCGUGCCGCAUGUUGCUCUUGCUGCCUGCCCUCUGUAUGCUAAUCUGUCUGCUAAAAGCUAGACGAAAACCUCGCUGCCUGCUGCGACUGUCUGUCUGUCAGUUUAUGCCUCUCUCUGCUAAUAGCUAUGUGCUACGGUGCUCGACACUUGAAUGGUGCCCUCUCACUUCUGACUCUGACUGACGACUGUGUCUACCUGUACACACUAGCUAGCUGCCUCUGACUGACGACUUUGUCUGCUUGUCCGCUCUAGUUCUAAGUCCCAUAGCGUUAGGUAGUGUGUAAGCUCUCUCCUACUUCACUCCAUAACAUCACCAUCACCACCAAAAAGGUCCCAGGCUAAUUCGGGUCGUUCUCUCACGAACAAAAAUUCGAGGCCCAUAGUGGAGUCCGGCAGCCGUCUGGGAUAACCGGGCAGCCCUGUUCAGGGAUGCGUUGCCUGCCCCCGCGAGGGGGAGGGGGCUAGAAAAGGUGCCCUAAAGAUCGCUGGGAACCACGCUGUCUGUAGGCAGGCCGUGGCCGCAGACAAAAAACACACGGUCGAAACAGCCAAAACCGAAACAACAACAACAACAACAACAACAACAAUCACUCUCUUCCUCUUCCAGCCUAUCCUUCUUAUUCUCUUUCUCCUACAUUUCGCCGCCGAAGUCGCCAGAUUGGAAGGGUGAGUCCGCUCACUCUGGCAGCCUGGAAUGUUCGUUCCCUUUUAGACAAUCCGAGGAGCAACCGACCGGAACGGAGGACGGCGCUAGUGGCACGAGAACUGGCGCGCUACAAGGUGGACAUCGCCGCACUCAGCGAGACCCGAUUCUCCGAACAAGGCCAACUGGAGGAGGUGGGUGCCGGCUACACCUUCUUCUGGAGUGGACGACCCAGGGCUGAGCGACGAGACGCGGGCGUCGCCUUCGCCAUCCGCACCGACAUCGUGGGACGACUGCCCUGCUUGCCGCAGGGAAUCAACGACCGCCUAAUGAGCCUCCGUCUGCCCCUCCGGCGAGGAGGCAAGUUCACCACCAUCAUCAGCGCCUACGCUCCGCCGAUGAGCAGCCCCGACGCCGUCAGAGACAAAUGCUACGAGGACCUGCACGCACUCCUGGCGACUGUGCCGAAGGCGGACAAGUUGAUUGUCCUCGGUGACUUCAACGCCCGCGUCGGAACAGACCAUACUGCCUGGAUAGGAGUGCUGGGUCCCCACGGUCUCCGCGACUCCAACGACAACGGCCUGCUGCUGCUCCGCACCUGCGCAGAACACCGCCUCAUCCUAUCGAACACGUUCUUCUGUCUGCCGGAGCGAGAGAAGGCCACCUGGAGGCAUCCUCGGUCGCGUCAGUGGCACCUGCUGGACUAUGUCCUCGUCCGGAGGCGAGAUCAACGGGACGUGCUGGUGACGAAGGCGAUCGCGGGUGCUGACGGGUGGACCGACCAUCGCCUCGUCAUCUCGAAGAUGCAUAUUCGUCUACAGCCUCGCAGGAGACCACAAGGUAAGCGACCCCCAGGUAAGCUAAGUGUUGCCUUGUUGUCUUUGCAGCUCAUCAUCUUCAUUUCAGCCAUGAGCUAGCUCAACAGCUAGACAACCUUCCUUUCGCUGCCGCCGCUCCCGCCGCUGCCGAGAACGCCUCCGUGGAGAACCGCGGGUGUCAACUGCGAGACACGGUCCAGUCGACGGCGCUCGCCGUCGUCGGUCGCGCUCCCCGCCAGCACCAGGACUGGUUCCACGACAACGACGCCGCCAUCAGGGAUCUGCUUGCUGAGAAGAACCGCCUCCACAAAGCCUACGUAGAUCACCCCACUGAGGACAACAAAGCUGCCUUCUACCGCAGUCGCCGACAGCUUCAGCAACGACUGCGCGAGAUGCAGGACGCCUGGACUGCUCGCAAAGCUGAGGAGAUCCAAGGGUACGCGGACCGCAACGAAUGGAAGAACUUCUUCUCCGCGAUCAAAGCUGUCUACUGUCCGCCGACGAAAGGCACUGCUCCUCUCCUCAGCGCCGACGGCAGCACUCUCCUGACAGAGAAGACGCAAAUCCUACAGCGAUGGUCCGAACAUAUAAGGAGCGUCCUCAACCGCCUAUCCGUCAUCUCCGACGCCGCCAUCGCCCGCCUGCCGCAAGUGGUGACCAACGUGGACCUCGACCUUCCGCCAUCUCUCUAGGAGACCAUCAGGGCAGUGCAGCAUCUCUCCAACAAGAAAGCACCCGGAUCGGACGCAAUCCCUGCUGAGGUCUACAAGCACGGAGGUCCACAACUAAUGGAUCACCUGACUGCACUUUUCCAGGUGAAGUCCCGCAAGAUUUCAAAGAUGCAACAAUCGUGCACCUUUACAAGUGAAAAGGGAAUCGCCAAGUCUGCGACAAUCACCGCGGCAUCUCCCACUGAACAUCGCCGGGAAGAUUUUCGCCCGCAUCCUCCUCAACCGCCUCAAUAA